GUACCGGCGACAGACAGCCGUAAACCCGGCGCAGAAGCAGGUGGAAGUGAUUUCGCAGGCGGUGAAAAUAAGAAUCGCACUAAAACACACUAACAGAAACACUGGACAAGCUCAAUAUCUUAGAGCUGAAUGGAGGCAGGCAUAAAUACACAGCCCAGCUAGUGAAGCCCGUUAAAGGUUCAGUGAUGCCUGUGAAAAAGAAGAGAAAACUCCCCGAUGCAGAUGAUCAUGAGCAGAAGUGUAAAAUUACAAGUUUCGCUCGACCUCAGAUCCGUGGUGCGAGGCCGAUCAGUGGUGAGAAAGUUUUCUCCAGUAAGAAGUGCCUAGCCUGGUUCCACGAGUACGCAGGCAUUGACAAGAUUGUCGGUCCAGAGGCCAUGGAGAAAUUCUGUGAAGACAUUGGUGUAAAACCAGAGAAUAUUAUCAUGUUAGUCUUAGCGUGGCAUCUAGAAGCAGCAAGUAUGGGUUUCUUCACCAAAGAAGAAUGGCUCAGGGGAAUGACAGUAUUACAGUGUGACAGCACAGAGCGGUUACGGAGCAAACUGGAUUACUUGCGUGGUGAACUCAACGACUCUGUGGUCUUCAAAAAUGUCUACAGAUACGCCUUCGACUUUUCCAGAGAUAAGGACCAGAGGAGUUUGGACAUGGAUACGGCUAAGUCCAUGCUGGCUUUACUGCUGGGCAGAACGUGGUCUCUCUUCCCAGUCUUUCAUCAAUUCCUGGAGCAGUCCAAGUACAAGGGGAUGAAUAAGGACCAGUGGUACAACGUUCUGGAGUUCAGCAGAACCAUCACAACAGACCUCAGUAACUACGAUGAAGACGGAGCUUGGCCAGUGCUGCUGGACGAGUUUGUGGAAUGGCUAAAAACGCGGUCGGCAUUUGAGCAGAGAACGUCACAACACCAGACAUGAGAAGGAAGGAGAGAAAAA